AUGGACAUGGACACUCUCAUAAGCCCUCUCCGGUGGCCUCUCAAGAUGUCUCUCCCUGAGGCUGCCUGGACGACCUACGCCACAGUGUUCGAGACUUCUGUCGCCACGGUUUAUGAGACAUACAUCAUUACGUGGCUUCCUUCACUUCUGAAUCUUCUGCUAUCUUCACCGCGGCACCUUCUUCUACUUUCUCCACGGUGUAUCUCUCUACGACCUCUACCUCUGCACUGGUCUUUCACCUCCGAGGUUGCUUCCUCUUUCUCCACGGCAACUUCUACAAUCGCCUCUUCCUCUACUGCAUCUUCAUCUACCGCAUCUUCUGCGGCUUCUUCUGCGACCGCUUCAUCCACGGCUUCCCCAUCCACUUCUAUCCUACUGCCGCUUUAUAUCUGGCCCACUGAUAACACCACCUGGGCCCCCGUCUACGAAGCCGCAGCUGGACACCCCGAUAUCGAGUUCAAGGUCAUUGUCAACCCCGACAGCGGCCCAGGCGAUACUACCUACCCAGAAGCGGCAUACAUUGCGGGUAUUGCGCAGUUGAACAGCUAUGACAAUGUCGUGGUCCUCGGAUACAUCCCAACAGAAUAUGGUACCCGUUCUGCCUCGGAUGUUGAGAGUGACAUCUCCACUUACAGCGGCUGGUCUGCAUACACGGCGAAGAACAUCACCGUCUCCGGCAUUUUCUUCGACGAAGCACCAAGAACCGACGAUACCUCCUUGAUUUCAUACAUGACCGAGGUCGCAGACAAUGCCAGAUCCUCUAACCUAGACUUUAUCGUCUUCAACCCUGGUACCAAGCUGGAGGAGGGCGCGGUAAACGGAUACUUUGAUGCUGCAGACUUGAUCGUUGAAUUUGAAAACUCCUAUGAUGCUUGGAUCGAUGCUGUGCCUGCUGACGAGUUUUCUUCUACGGAGGACUAUUCCAAGGAUGCGGUUCUCUUGUACAGUGCGCCCACUGAUGCAAACUACGAGACUGUUAUCAAGGAAGCGAAGGAUAUGGGUCUUGGUGCUGCGUAUUUGACCAACACUGUUGACUAUAAGUCCGCUGAUACCGUUCUUAAGGUGACAGCCGCUAUGGUUUCGGCUUCCGACUAG